GCAAGGACAUAAAUACUUUAGCUUAUCUAUAUUGCAAUUUGCAUUUAUUGUGUGAUAGAGACUAUAGAGUUUUUCACCAAUAGACAAAAACUAGGUGUGACAGACAUCAGUUCAGCCAUACUCUACCAAAAAUGACUGAGUUAAAGGCACCGAUUCAAGGGGAAUCAUCAAACCAUCAAGCAGAAAAUGUAGAGAAUGAUGAAGUGGUUGAUUUGCGACCUCUACGCAAGGCUGUGGAAACAGGUGACGUGGAUGCUGUGAAAGAAUUCAUUCACCGUCACCCUAAUUCAGUACAGAAGAAGAUUGCGGAUUUUGGUCGGACAGCUCUUCAUAUUGCUACUUUGGCCGGAAAUACGAAAAUGGUGCAAGUGUUGGUGGGGUUUAUGUCCGAUGACGACUUAAAAUGCGUUGAUAAUAAUGGAGAGUCGUCGCUUAUUUUUGCUGCUACAAUUGGAUCCACGAGAAUAGCGGAAAUAAUGGUGAAAAAAAGUAGUAAUUUGGUAACUGUUGGAGUUCCGGCGAAGGACUCACUGCCGGUGACGGUGGCGUGUCACCAUGGACAUAGGGAAACAGCUCGAUAUUUGUACUCGGUAACUCCGUUUGAUUUGCUGGAACCGAAAAGUGGAGCUUAUGGAUCUUUGCUUCUUCAUGAAUCCAUUUCAAGAGAAAUGUUUGAUAUAUCUUUGGAUCUGCUGCAGCGAUGCCCAAGUAUAGCGACAACAGUAAAUCAUCUAAAAAUCAACCCUCUGCACGAAUUUGCAAGUCUCAGUAAUUUAUUCCCAAGUAGCACCCAAUUCGUCUUCUGGAAGCACUGGAUCUAUUCCCGAAUUCAUGUACAACUGCCUGCUGCCCUUAGUGAAGUUCGAAUAUCCAUUCCGCAGAAUAACCACACUCAACACCAAAAUAUUUUAGCUCGAGGGUUAGGUCAGCUGCGAAAUCUCGUCUCAAAUUUCCUAAAUUUUUUUGGACUAAAGCAGAUAUACAACAAGAAGCUGACCCAUGCCUAUGCUCUCAAAAUCUUAAACAUUAUGACCGAACAUAUAAAAACUAUAGAAUCCAAUGACCUGAGGAAAAACGGAGUUUACGCAGCGUUUUUCAGCGCGGUUAGAGAAGGAGCAAUUGAAGUUGCUGUUGAAAUGAUUAAAUCCAUUCCCAGUUUGGUGACUGUUGUCGACAAAAAUGCAAGAGGAAUGCUGAUGCUUGCGGUUCAACAUCGCCAAGAAAAUAUAUUUAGCCUUGUUUAUGUUCUUGAUAUGUCCAAGUUUAUGCUGAUCUCUGGACUCGACAAGGAACGGAACAACUUGUUGCAUGUUGCAGCAAUGUUAGCACCUCCUCGUCGGCUUUCACGCAUCUCUGGUGCGGCUUUGCAGAUGCAGAGAGAGCUUCAGUGGUACAAGGAAGUUGAAAGCAUAGUGAAUCCUUUAGCCAAAUCGCACGUCAACAAUUCUGAGCAGAGAGCUGGAGAUAUAUUUUCAUCAAACCAUAAUCAAUUAGUAGCAGACGGAGAAAAAUGGAUGAAAGACACCGCAACUUCAUGCACAGUCGUCGGUGCUUUGAUCAUCACUAUUAUGUUCACCGCAGCAUUUACAGUUCCCGGCGGUAACAAUCAAGAAACGGGUUUUCCGAUCUUCUUACAUGAGAAAACAUUUAUGAUCUUUUUAAUAUCGGAUGCAAUCUCUCUGUUUGCUUCGUCGACGUCGGUUUUGAUGUUCUUAGGAGUUCUCACGUCGCGUUAUUCAGAGGAAGAUUUUCUCAAGUCUUUGCCCACGAAAUUGAUCAUUGGUCUGUCGACUCUUUUUGUUUCUAUUGCGGCGAUGAUGGUUUCUUUUUGUGCGACGAUUAUACUGAUGCUGAGAGACAAGUUGAAUCUUGUUAUGCCGAUCGUUCUGUUGGCUGGUAUUCCGGUCAGCCUCUUUGUUGUGCAGCAAUUCCGGCUACUUGUUGAAAUUUUUGUGUCCACUUAUGGACCUGGAAUUUUUGACCGGAAAUUGAAGUAUUGGAAUGCUAAGCAGCAUGUCACCCAGUAAUAUAGUCUUCAUAUGCACAUAUUUUUUUAUUGAUUAUUGGCCCUAGUUUGGAUGUAUUACGAUAAACGUGCAUAUGUGGUGAAAUUCUUGGUUGUUCAAGGCAUGUGGAAUUUGGAUGUUUCUCAUUCUGAUGCUUUAGAUGAGAAUUGUUUUAUUAAUUUCGGGGUAAUUGAUUUUGGAGUC